ACAAAAUAUAGAGUACAUUUCAGAAUUUAGAAAAAGUACAAGUGCAAAACUGAAAAAUGUCCAUUAUAAUAUUCCCUCAGUCCGCAACCACUGAGAGAAAGUGAAAAAAAAAAGAGUUUGCAGAAACGAGUAAACGUAUUUAAUUUUCACAACCUCCAAGCCAAGCCAACCCAACUCGGAUGCCAGAACCCUAAAAAAAUAAAGGAAGAUUGUAAAUGGAAUCAUCACCCACCAAAUCUUAGUAGAGCAACAACACAAAAAAGGGAUCCGAUUCAGCUCUAACCCACUUCAGCAAUGGCCACAUUCUCCAUUUCCAACUGCUUCACAGCCCUUGCCUUUAUCAUUUUCCAUUUCAAAAUUUUAGCUGCAGACCAAAGCUCCUCUUUUUCCUUCAAAAGUAAAGAUCCAAACUUUGAGUCCAAUAUUGCUUUAUAUGGCGAUGCACAUGUUGCUAAUGAUGGCUCUUGGAUUCAACUUACUAACUCAGUGAGUUGGAGUGCGGGGAAAGUUAUGUAUAAGAAACCCAUCAAGCUUGUUGAAGGUAAAGUCAGGAAUUUUGCUUCUUUUUCAACUUACUUUUCCUUCUCAAUGUCCCAUGAAAAUGGUGAUGGUUUGGCUUUUGUUAUGGUUCCUAGUAGUUUUAAUGUUAAUUUAUUGGGAAAUAGUUCGUUUGGAAUUUCUCUUGGACUGGAGAAAAUUAAAAAUGGUGUUGUUGCCGUAGAAUUUGAUACCUUCAAUGAUGCCAAGUAUGGUGAUUUGAAUGAAAACCAUGUGGGCAUUGAUGUGGGUAGUCUUGCAUCAGUUAAAGUGAGAAAUUUAUCAUCUGUCAAUCUGGUAUUAAAUAAUGGGGAAAAAUUGCAUUCUUGGAUUGAUUACGAGGCAAGUUCAAAGAGACUAGAGAUUAGGUUAAGUCAAUCUAGUAGUACCAGGCCUGAUGAUCCAUUGCUUUCACACUCAAUCGACUUGUCAAAACUAUGGAAUGAGGAGGAAGUGCUUGUGGGCUUAAGCUCUUCAAGUAGGAAUUCUUCACAGACAUGCUUUAUUCACUCGUGGAGUUUUAAGCUGAGGCCGGUUCCAAAUUGGAUGCAUUCUCAACCACUUGAUCCUGAGGCUAUUGCAAACCCCAAACCUCUAACUACAGCGCACAAGAGUAGCAGUUGUUUUUGGAAAGUGCUUGUCGUAUUCAUCUUCGGUGGUGCAUGUGGAGCCUUAACAGCUUCUUGCCUGCUAUACCUAUGGACCAUCCUUGGUGAUAGGAGCCCAGUAGCACCCGAAGAGUGUGGUGUGCACCCUGUGGAUUUUGAUUACAAGAAGGUCAAAGUAGUGGUAGACAAUGCUGCCAAAGAUGGCAUGAAGUAGAUGUUAGAGUUGGGGUUCUGAGGGAUGUUUUAUGUUGUAAAUUGAUGAUCUUUUUGUCAUUGUAGUUGCAGGUUUUGGGUGUGCUUGUAGCUGAUUACCAAUUGUGAAAAAUGUAGCUCUUUGUUACAUAGUGUUUAAUGAUGGAAGCAUUGAGAUUUAACUUCAAUAAGAAUUGCAGUGUUGCUUGUCAUAACCUUGAUUGUAAAUGCAUAAUUCCUGAGGAAGUUCUUUGCAUAAGAAAUCUGUAACUGUGACUUAAUUUAAGGAUAAUGCAUGAAUUAAUGUCUUUGCAGGGGGCACACUGUAUGUCUAUAUCGUGGUUUAGGCUAUCAUGCUCAGUGUAGUAGGCUAUCUUAGGUUUUAUGCACUUUGUUUUGUAUUGUUAAAUGAUGAAUGCAUCGAGUUCAUGCAUAUCUUAAAGUGCUUUGCUAAUUGUGUAACCUCAAUUACAAAUGGAUAAAUUCCUGAGCAAGUUCUUUGUCUAAGAAAUCUAUUUUUG